AUUUCUCCGCCGGAAGUGGGCGGCCGGGCGGCCCAGCUGGAAGCAGUGCUCGAGGCUCGAGGCUGCGGUAGAGUCCUGGGCCAGCCAGGCUGAGGGGCGUGAGGAGGCCCAGAAGCGAACACGAGGAGAAGCUCCCGCGCCAAGGAGAAGGGAAACUUCGGCUGCUUUCGGCUGGGAGCCGGCUUUCGGUGAAGAUGGCGGGGCCAGAACUACUGCUCGACUCGAACAUCCGCCUCUGGGUGGUCCUGCCCAUCGUUAUCAUCACUUUCUUCGUGGGUAUGAUCCGCCACUACGUGUCCAUCCUGCUGCAGAGCGACAAGAAGCUCACCCAGGAACAAGUGUCUGACAGUCAAGUCCUAAUUCGAAGCAGAGUCCUCAGGGAAAAUGGAAAAUACAUUCCCAAACAGUCUUUCUUGACACGAAAAUAUUACUUCAACAACCCAGAGGAUGGAUUUUUCAAAAAAACUAAAAGGAAGGUAGUGCCACCUUCUCCUAUGACUGAUCCCACUAUGCUCACAGACAUGAUGAAAGGGAAUGUAACAAAUGUCCUCCCUAUGAUUCUUAUUGGUGGAUGGAUCAACAUGACAUUUUCAGGCUUUGUCACAACCAAAGUCCCAUUUCCACUGACCCUCCGUUUUAAGCCUAUGCUACAGCAAGGAAUUGAACUACUCACGUUAGAUGCAUCCUGGGUGAGUUCUGCAUCCUGGUAUUUCCUCAAUGUAUUUGGGCUCCGGAGCAUUUACUCGCUGAUUCUGGGCCAAGAUAAUGCUGCUGACCAAUCACGAAUGAUGCAGGAGCAGAUGACAGGAGCAGCCAUGGCUAUGCCUGCAGACACCAAUAAAGCUUUCAAGACAGAAUGGGAAGCUUUGGAGCUGACAGAUCACCAGUGGGCACUAGAUGAUGUCGAGGAGGAGCUCAUGGCCAAAGACCUCCACUUUGAAGGCAUGUUCAAGAAGGAAUUACAGACCUCUAUUUUUUGAAGACUGAGCGGGGAUUAGCUGUGUCAGGAACUUGGAGUAGCGCUUAACCUUGUAACUUUCGUUGGAGCUGGCGCCUCAGAAUAAAAUGGAGGAUGCA